CUGAGGCUAGUGGAACCGUGUGGUACGGGAGAUAUAUAACCCUGCACGUUGCACCGUCGCAGCUCCACGUCUUGACCACAUGGAAAAGGCCUUGGUCGCUUGGUGUUUUGACUACCUUUCAACAUGGCUUCUGGAGUAGGAUCUAUCGCGGGCAUUGGCGCUGCCGCCGACCCUCGCCUUUCCCUUUCUGGCCAAGGUAUCGACCAGACUACCUACCCUCAAAGACUUCUGGAAAAGCUGCACGAUCCCAGCAUUCCUUUCGAAGAAUACCUACACUUCGCCAAGAUUACGAGAGCGGAGGAGGAUCGCUUGUAUGGUCCGGGCAGUGAUUACCAGGCCACCGAUGGCCCUGCGACCGCCUUUAUCAAGGAGAAGAUCCUUCGUAAACGGGCGCAACGACGUACCUCGAUUGAGCAGCCACGUUUGUCCAUCAGCGCACAGGGCGAGGCUCAAAUUGCGCGACCUGCGGAAUCGGGCAACGAGUCGGGCAACGAGAAGACUACGCAGGACAGGAAGUUCGAGCCUAUGAUCAUCUCUGACGAUGAAUGGGUGCAAGCUUCACGAGCUGCAAGGACAGCGACUUGGUCCGCCGUAUUCUAUCUGAUCACCACCGAUAUUCUGGGCCCGUUCAGCACAGGGUACGCUUUCAGCCAAAUGGGUCUCGGACCUGGUGUCGCUCUCUUCACCGUCUUUGGUGCUCUUGGUGGCUACAGCGGUUACCAACUGUGGAGGAUGUAUCUCCAGCUCGACAGUGACCGGUAUCCAAUGAAAGGUUAUGGUGACAUUGGAUUCCGUGUCUAUGGAUCAUGGUUUCGCCAUACCGUCAACAGCUUGCAAUCAUUCCAGUUCUUUCUGAACGUGGCCUUGAUCAUCCUGACGAGUGGCCAAUCUAUCAGCCAGCUGUCCAAGGGCAAUCUUUGCUUCAUUGUGUGUAUGGCUGUUUGCACGAUCUUUGGUUGUAUCGUCGGACAGAUUCGAACGCUUCAGCGCUUCGGCUGGUUGGCUUCUUGGGCGGUGUUUUUGAACCUGUUUAUCAUCUUUGCAACCAUGGGCGUUAUGGCUCACUCGCCUCCCAACUACAAGCUCUACGCUGCCUCAAACCCUGACUUUAACAUCAACAACCCGGAUCCUAUCCAGGUGUCCGGCGCAGCACCAUCCGGACUCAGCAUCGUAGACAACGUUAAUGGUCUUAUGAAUGCCGUCUUCUCCUUCGGCGGGGCCACUCUGUUCGUCGAGUUAAUGUCCGAAAUGCGUCGCCCUAUGGACUUCUGGAAAGGACUUGUCUGCGCAGAUAUUCUGAUCUACCUCUGCUACAUGGUCUAUGGUCUCUAUACCUAUUGCAUGCAAGGACAAUAUGCAUACAACGUCUCGUACCAAGGUGUCUCCCCGUACUCGUGGCAGACUGUUGGCAACAUUUUGGGACUCAUCACUGGUCUCAUUGCGGCCGUACUGUACGGCAAUAUCGGCAUCAAGGUGCUCUACAACAACCUCGGAAGAGACUUGUUGAAGUUCCCCCGACUCGAGAGCAAGGGUGGCAAAUGGAUUUUCGUCUUCUUCGUCCCCAUCUACUGGAUACUUGCUUGGGUCGCCGCACAAUCGGUGCCUCAAAUCAACUCCUGGAUUGUGCUCGUUGGUGCUGGAUGCAUCCUGCAAUUCACCUAUACCUUCCCACCAUUCAUGAUGAUGGGCUUCAAGAUCCAGCGGGACGCCAUUCUGCCCCAGGAGACGUAUGACCCUGCUACUGGGCAAGUCCAGCGGGUCGACAGCGGCGUCAAGCGAUGGAUUCGGGGCUUCAAGAAGGAGCUUUGGUGGAACCUGUUCGAUUUGGUGUACUACCUCGGGUCUUGUGUCACCUGCAUUUUGGGCUUGUACGCUGCUUUCACUACCAUGGUUGACGCGUACAAGAGCUCACCCAACUUGUCGGCGUGGCGCUGCGAGUCUCCCACAGGCUAGAGCAGACAUAUUGUAUGGGAGUAGUGGAUCGCGACGAUGGAUCGUGAGUGGGAGGCUUAUGUGGUGCGACUGAGACGGAGGAUUUGACCCCAGAAGAAAAAGCAGCUAGAUUCUUAGUGACAUGUAGCUAUAACUGUCGAAGAUGUGUG